CCGGCCCCCGCCGGGCCUCCUCCCGCCAUGGCCACCAAGAAAGGGGGCUCGCGGCUGGAGACCGAGAUCGAGAGGUGCCGCUCCGAGUGCCAGUGGGAGAAGAUCCCUGAGCUCGUCAAGCAGCUCUCGGCCAAGCUCAUCGCUAACGAUGACAUGGGAGAGCUCCUCCUUGGAGAAUCCAAGCUAGAAAUCUUUCUGAAGGAGAACCCUCUUAAGCAGGGUGCUAGUCCCUGUGGUCCCCGGCCAAAGUUAACUGAAGUCAGGAAGCAUCUCACUGCAGCACUUGACCGAGGAAACCUAAAGCCAGAGUUUUUACAAGAAGCCAACUUAGUUAUGGCCAAAUUAAAUUAUGUGGAAGGUGAUUACAAAGAAGCUCUUAAUACGUAUGCUAGGGUGGGCAUUGAUGAUUUACAGCUUAUAGCUGUACCUCCUUAUCGGCUGAGGAUGAUUGCUGAAGCAUAUUCUACCAAAGGUCUUUGUCUAGAAAAGUUGCCAAUUUCUUCUUCAACAAGUAACCUCCAUGCAGAUCGUGAACAAGAAAUCAUUAUGUGCUAUGAGAAGGCUGGAGAUAUAGCCCUUCUGUACCUCCAGGAGAUAGAAAGGAUAAUAAUUGCCAAUAUGCAGAACAGAAGCCCUAAGCCAGGGCCUGCGGCACAUGAACAAGAACUUGGAUAUUUUUUAGAAACAGGACUUCAGAGAGCCCAUGUCUUGUACUUCAAAAAUGGGAAUUUGACAAGAGGUGUCGGUAGAUUUAGAGAGAUUCUAAGAGCUGUUGAAACAAGAACUACACAAAAUCUACGCAUGACAAUAGCAAGGCAAUUAGCUGAAAUCUUGUUACGAGGCAUGUGUGAACAGAGUUACUGGAACCCUCUGGAUGACCCUCCUCAUGAGUCACCGCUGAAUGAUCCCCUUUGGAAAAGUACAAACACUAAAACUUAUGCACUUAGCAGAAGACCACGAGUAUACUCUGGAGAAAACAUUUUCUGUCCUCAAGAGAACACUGAAGAAGCUCUUUUGCUGCUGCUAAUAAGUGAAUCUAUGGCUAAUCGUGAUGCUGUAUUGAGCAGAAUACCAGAACACAAAAAUGAUCGUAUCAUCAGUUUGCAGAGUGCAUCUGUAGUCUAUGACUUGCUUACCAUUGCCUUGGGAAGAAGAGGUCAAUAUGAAAUGUUAUCAGAGUGCUUAGAAAGAGCUAUGAAGUUUGCCUUUGAAGAAUUCCAUCUUUGGUAUCAGUUUGCACUGUCCUUAAUGGCAGCAGGAAAAUCUGCUCGAGCUGUGAAGGUCUUGAAAGAGUGUAUCCGAUUGAAGCCAGAUGAUCCUACAAUUCCACUCCUUGCUGCCAAAUUAUGUAUGGGAUCUCUUCAUUGGUUAGAAGAGGCAGAAAGGUUUGCCAGAACGGUGGUUGAUGUAGGGGACAAAACAUCAGAGUUCAAAGCCAAAGGUUUCCUAGCCCUGGGACUGACUUACAGCCUUCAAGCUACAGAUGCUUCUUUGCGAGGGAUACAAGAGGUCUUGCAACGAAAGGCUCUUCUUGCGUUCCAAAGGGCACACACUCUAUCUCCAACUGAUCACCUGGCAGCAUUUUAUCUAGCUUUGCAGUUUGCUAUAUCCCGGCAGAUACCAGAAGCUUUGGGUUACGUUCGUCAGGCUCUUCAACUUCAAGGAGACGACGCUAACUCUUUGCACCUCCUUGCCCUCUUGCUGUCAGCUCAGAAACACUACCAUGAUGCUCUGAAUAUCAUUGACAUGGCCUUGAGUGAAUACCCAGAAAACUUUAUAUUACUCUUUUCAAAAGUCAAAUUGGAAUCGCUCUGCAGGGGCCCAGAUGAGGCACUCCUUACUUGUAAACACAUGUUGCAGAUCUGGAAAUCCUGUUACAAUCUCACUAACCCCAGUGAUUCUGGACGGGGCAGCAGUUUGUUAGACAGAGCCAUUGCUGACAGGCGACAGCUUAAUACAAUUACUUUGCCAGACUUCAGUGACCCUGAAACAGCUUCUGAUUCCUCCACAUCUUCAUCUCUCUCAAGAACAGAAUCUCUUCUCCACCUGUUUAUAUCUCCUCAAUCUCCUCACCCUCAUCCCAAAACUGAUACCUUUGUCUGGCCCAAUGCAACCAAUCCAUACUGUGACCACGUUCCUGGGCCCUGCGAACCUUCACUCUGCAACCCUCCAGAUGCUUACUUUCAUGGUUUUUUCUCCCUUUUUUCAGUUUGUUCAGUGCAUGCAACAUCAAUAGCAGCCUCUAGAGUGGAGCAGGCACUGUCUGAAGUUGCUUCAUCCUUGCAGAGCAGCACUCCAAAGCAAGGUCCACUGCAUCCUUGGAUGACUCUGGCUCAAAUCUGGCUUCAUGCAGCUGAAGUAUACAUAGGAAUUGGAAAACCUGCAGAAGCCACAGCAUGUACUCAGGAAGCUGCUAACCUCUUUCCAAUGUCUCACAAUGUUCUCUACAUGAGAGGUCAAGUGGCAGAACUUCGGGGAAAUAUCGAUGAAGCCAAACGGUGGUAUGAAGAGGCCUUAUCUAUCAGCCCUACGCAUGUCAAAAGCAUGCAGAGAUUGGCUCUGAUACUUCACCAGCUUGGAAGGUACAGCUUGGCCGAGAAGAUCCUUAGGGAUGCUGUCCAGGUGAACUCCACAGCCCAUGAGGUUUGGAACGGCCUUGGGGUGGUUCUGCAAGCUCAGGGCAAUGACGAUGCGGCCACAGAGUGUUUUCUAACGGCACUGGAGCUUGAAGCCAGCAGCCCCAUUGUUCCUUUCACCAUUAUCCCCCGAGUCCUCUGAAACUAAGGCUAGCCUGGCAAAACGGACGACUCGCUUCGGUUCAGCUGAAUGCACGAAUGUUAGGAAGCACGCUACUUAUUAAGCCUUUCUCUUGACUCCAAAGGCAGCUCUUCAGGCUGGGAGGUAACACAACAAAACAGGCAAAUCUGCUCAUUAUUGUUGGGGUCUUCUAACAAAUGGAAGUGAUACAGUGUAUUAAAGUUGAUGAAUAAAAGUGACUAGCCAGAAGGAAAAAGACACACACACACACAUCCAAACCGCCACUUGUGUAUUGCCUACAUCUUUGCCCCAUAGUAGUUUCAAAGCCUGAUGCUAUUGUUCACAUGGGUAUUGUGCCAUAUUUUAUUAGGAGACAUCUGAGUGUUAUGUAAAAACUCUAAAUAGAAUCAAACACCAACCGUAGAGUAAUAGAUUCAAGUUAAUAUUCAGUGGCAGAGCAGCCUGUUUUUCACCAAGCCUAUCAAAGGCCUGUUCUCUUCAUGUCUUUCAACCUCUCUGGGCCCAGAAUUGAAAUGUGAAAUUUGCUGUGUUCCAUCUCUACAGUAGUCCAGGCCAGCAAAUCAGCUGAAAUAUUUACAUUUUAGUUGUUAAUAACUGUGAUGUGUAGCUAACUGUUAUUCCCUUUAUUUAGAAGAAAGGUUGUGUACAAGAAUAUUUAUAUUUUACCAAUGUAUGCCUGUUUAAAAAAAAGAAAUGAAAAGAAAAUAUUAGUUAUUUAAGUUUAACUUUUUUAUGUGAAUCCAGAGUUUAUUUAUCAAUGGAAAUAUGUAAAAAGAUGCUAAAGAUGGAAUAUUUACCGACAUUCCUUAUGCAUUAUACACCCACUUGGCUCAAUGGGAAGAUUAUGUUAAUAAUAAAAUGAUUUUUGAAUGGA